UGUACUGUAUAUUUGCCUGGACCUGUUCAGUUCCUUCCUUUUGAAGUCAUGUGUUUGCCCCACCCUGUGAUUUUAAGGUUUGCCUGGCCAUCGCUCACUACUCCCAGCCCGCUGAUCCCCAGCUGCUGUUUGGCUUCGAGUACGUAGGGAAGCAAUACUAUGGAUCCUUGGGGGAGCGAGUUAAUGGAGUAGAUCCCGGAGGAGGACUGCAGAUGCCCCUGUUUGACCGGCCUUCUGAAUGGGACAGAGAGAUCAAGAGAACGGGUGCAGCGGAGUGGAGGGUGUGCUCCAUCAACGAGGGCUACGUCGUCUCACCCAGUCUCCCAGAGUACUUUGUGGUCCCAGUGUCCCUUGCGGAUCAAGACCUGAAGCAGUACUUAUGUUUUUUCACUGCUCACCGCAUACCUUUGUGGUGCUGGAAUCACCCCAACGGGAGUGCCCUGGUGCGCAUGGCCAGCAUCAGUGACCCACUGCAGCAGAGGAAGCUGGACCAGAGGAUCUGUAGUGCCAUAACAAAGAGCCACCCACAGCGCAGUGACGUCCUCAAGUCCGACCUGGACAAGAACCUGCCCAACAUCCAGGACAUCCAGGCUGCCUUUGUCAAAGUGCGGCAGAUCUGUGUCAUCGAGCCCUUUGAGGAGUCUGAGGAGAAGUGGCUGUCGUCCAUGGAAAGCUCUCGAUGGCUGGAGUAUGUCAGGGCCUUCCUGAAGCAUUCAGCCGAGGUAGUCUACUUGCUGGAGGGAAAACAUGUGUCUGUCAUUCUGCAAGAGGAAGAAGACAGGGACCUGAGCUGUGUGGUGUCCUCUCUGGUACAACUGAUGCUGGACCCUCACUUCCGUAGCCUCACUGGCUUCCAGAGCCUGGUGCAGAAGGAGUGGGUGAUGGCUGGCCAUCGCUUCCUCGACCGGUGCAACCAUUURAAGAAGAAUGACAAAGAGGAGUCUCCUCUGUUCCAGCUGUUCCUGGACUGUGUGUGGCAGAUUAUAAAUCAGUACCCAGCAGCCUUUGAGUUCACUGAGACCUACCUGACUGUGCUCAGUGACAGCAUGUGGAUCCCUGUCUUCAGCACCUUCCUCUUCAACUGUCCCCAGCAGCGCACUGAGAACAGCAUGGACUUUGCUCAGAGUAAGUGCAUCUCUGUGGGGGAGGAGAAGGCCCUACGUUUCCCCCCUGUCUGGGACUGGUCACAGCAGUUCACCCCCAAAGACCAGGCCCUUUUCAACAACCCCAUGUAUGUUGGCAAAGGUGCCACCUGUGUUCAGAACGGAGCAGUGAAGUCCUUCAGACGCACUAAGAAAAACUACAGUUCUACACUCCGAGGGAUGCCCUCUUCCCUGAGGAACAUCCUGAUGGACGGCCAUGACAGCCUCACCCUGACCAGACGGAACUCCCUCGUGUCGCGGCUCAAACCAGACUUCUCCCAGAUCAGAGAGGUGGUGGAGAGCCCAACAGAGCGCUUCUUCAGGGACUGGGUCUCCCGGCCCGCAGACCUACAGGGGAUGCUCAUCCCCCAGCUCCUGCCUUCACACCUGGCCCUGUGGAGGCUCUACUUCCUGCGCUGGGUCCCUGAAGCCAGCAUCCCCAAGGGCGGCCCUGUAACCGCAUACCACAAGCUCUCCCAGCUGGCUGAUGAGGUAGAGAAGCUGCAGAGCCAGCUACGCCAGUACAAGGGGGCCACUCCGGCCAGCACCCCGACCUCCAACCCCAGCGCCCCCCCAUCAGACCACAGCAGGAUGUACUUUAAGGCCGGUUCCACCCACGAGCCCUCUUCAACUCCAGAGUACCUCAGCUCCUCCUUCCCCUUYUCUCCCGUGGGGAACAUGUGCCGCCGCAGCAUCCUGGGYACUCCUCUCAGCAAGUUCCUGAACGGGGCAAAGAUAUGGCUCUCCACUGAAACUCUGGCCAAUGAGGCACUCUGAGGUCCCGUGGCUAAAGUUCUCACUCAAAUCAGUGCUUUUAGUCCAGAAGGGAUGUCCUAUCAUGCUAGAGGCUGGAGGCUAGCUCAGUUUAAUGUGAUGUGACUGUUUGUUUUUGCACAAGAUGAUUCAUCUUUGCUUAAAUCGCACAUUUCUUCAGGGUUUUGCCAGGGUUGCUCUCUGUAGGAAGUCAAUUUUCAUUUCCAUUUUCAAGUUUUAGAUUCAGUUGAGUACGUAGAAGAAUGUUAGUGGAAUAUGAUUUUGUAGUGACAUGGAUGAAGCGCUGAUGACACUUUGCGACGGAAAAAAGGAGCUAUGAGGAGGAGUUAAAUCUGUGGUAGACACUUAUCGCUUUAUUUGUAUCACUUAAUAUAGUUUAGUUGUAUUUCUAGAGACCUUCUGGUAAGGUACUGCAUUAAUUCUAGAAUGAAUAUUAACCAAAUCAUGAAUAGUGAAAGGAGAAGGACAGACGAGGCUAUUUACUAUUAGGCCUUCUUGCAGGAAAUGAUCAUCAAUCACGUAACACACCAAUAAAAUGCCAGGGGACUGGCACUGGAAAAUGCCUUCACCGUUUGAGACAAGAAAUUUGUGGACAUUUGUGGACACAAUCAACUUUUUCCUUGAUGGCUUUGGCAUUGAAAUGCAUCAGUAUCUGGACAUGUAUGAUUUGGAGCUGUGGGCAGUAAAGAACUGCUGGGCAUGCUGGAUACCUGUCUUAUCAUUACUGUACACCCGCAUAGCCUGAACUGAUGCUGCUAAUGGCUGGACGCCUCCUGAACUGAUGCUCAGACAAUCAGCAUGUCUAUUCACCAUAGUCAGGUGAUGUGUUUCAGAGUGGGUUUGAAGUGGAGACAUGUAAACAGUUGGAAUCUGUUUUCUCUAAUGAGCCCUCAUUGCUCCUUCACCUGAUAUUAACAAGACAAAUCCCAAAUAAGAAGUGAAGCUGUAUGAAAUAACUACUGGUAAUGGUAAAUUGACAAAUAAUAUACUGUUUUUAUUGCUAUUCUAAUUAUGGUACUUACUGUUUUUUUUAGCCCCUACUUCUAGUUUAUAUACCAUGAAUGCACAGCCCUUAUUUUAGUUUACCACUAAUUCACACCAUUGGUGCACUCAGCACUGGUAUUGUAUGACAAUUGUGCUCUUCAUUUGACACAAUUUGAUAUUGAUCAACAGUGCACAUAUUUAUUCAGUUAUGCAAAUGUUCUAAAACAGGGAUGUAGGAAAUUCUCAGUGCCUUUUUUAGAUGGAAAUGUGGGUUUACUUACUGUGUUCAAUGUACCGGUUCACUUCUAUCACUUAUUCUACUAUGCAUGUUGUUACACCCAGAGUAAUGACAUUAGGAGAGACGGAGUACUUCAAAAGCUGCAYCUGGAAGCCAAAUUGAAGUGCUUGAUCUGAAGUAACACCAUGUUGGGAUUAAUGUUAUGUUUUACCUUUGCUCUGUGGAGUGUCACUGUGUUAGAUCAAGUUUGGAGAUACACAUUUAUGGCAUUGCAGAGCACUUGUUGGACAAUUGAGUGGUCUGUAGUGCAAUGUUGACCCUCUCCCCCCUUAAAAAGCACUGUCAACACUCUCUGACCACAGGGGGUCACAGCUGUAAGGCAAAAUGUCAAUGUAAAGGAAUUUAGAGCAAAUAAAAAUGUCAAAUGUC